AGUGGUGGUGGUGAUCGGUGGAAGGUGGAAAAGUAUCGAGGAUCGGAGGCGUGCAGCAUCCGCAGACGCGUUUCGCGAGGCGCGGCUCUGCGGGUCAGUGCCCCCUCUGUCGGCUCGAGUCUCUCGUGUUCACUUGACUUUCCGCGGCAACGAGCAAAAAGGAGCGAAUAAAAAAGAAAACGCCCACACCUUCGAGGCAUCCUUAAUCCGAUUUCGAGCCGAGCCCGGUUAGAACGUAGCCCGGUUUCGAACGAAGAAGCCGAGAGAAGCUGAGAGACACGAACCUACGAACACGGAUGAGCAAACGGAUAGAAAGAAGGAAAGAAACGAAUACAUACAGAGAAAGAUCGAAAGCAUGGAAUCCGUUAGCGAUCGAAGCAACUGGUCGGCCGCUCGUUGACUCUCGGAUCGUUUGGCCUCGUGGUUCGGUCGUGCCAUGUCGAGCGUGCCAGCACCAACUACGUGAAGAAAACGUACAAGAGGGAAGAUGAACGUGCGGCCGACGAUGAGGAAAAAGAACGAGAGGUAGUAUCAAAGGAGCAGCGAUACUUUUAUGUCGUCGAACAAGAGAGGAAUUUAGGUAAGGAAGGGGGCGCGUUCGAAGGGACAGAAGAGAUGAUCAUUCGAAGUUCGAUGGUCCUAGCCCUGGUCCUGGCACUGUUGUCGGUGGACCAAAAUGGCGGCCAACCGAACGGCCAGGAGAGACACGCGUCCGAUUAUUUUUCUCGCAAACUACCUCAAAGGGUGACGCGACUGGUGCCACGACGGUCACCGAUGUUACCGCAGGACAGCGCGGCCGCGAUGGGCCUGGCGAUGCAGAGCAGAGCGGUCGAUACCAGGGUUCAACUGGAGGUCAGAGAAGGCGAGCCAAAGGGGACCCUGGUAGGCCUGAUACCGGUCAAGCCUGGCUUUACCUACAGGUUCAACGAGCCGCCGCAGGAAUUCGUGCUGGAUCCCGAAACCGGCAAGAUCAGAACGGCCAAAGUCCUCGACAGGGAAGCGUUGAGCAGCGAUAGGUUCGACCUGGUCGUGUUGUCCAGCCAACCGACUUAUCCGAUCGAAGUGAGGAUCCUCGUGCUGGAUAUCAACGACAACGAUCCGGAAUUUCCGGAGUCGAGUAUAGCCGUGAGUUUCUCGGAAUCGGCAGUGGUGGGGACGAAAUUGUUGCUGGAUGCUGCCACGGAUAAGGAUACGCUGGAGAACGGCGUGGUCGACGAUUAUUUCAUCGUGAAUGGGAACACCGAUGAGAAAUUUCGUUUGGAAGUGACCGGCAAUCCGACCGGUGAAACAUCUUAUCUGCAUUUGGAAACGACGGGAAAAUUGGAUCGAGAACAGGUAGAAUUUUAUUCGUUGAACGUUUGCGCGAGGGACAGAGGCCGACCACCGAGGUUGGGUUAUCUUCUGGUAAACGUGACCGUGUUGGAUGUGAACGAUAAUCCUCCGAUAUUCCAGCAGAGCGACUACGUGGUCGCUCUGAACGAGAGUGCUCCGGUAGGAACCAAAGUGUUGACGGUUCACGCGACGGACAAGGAUUCCGAGGACAAUUCCAAGUUGACGUAUUAUUUACCGGAUACCGAGAGACAGUUCACGAUAGACCCAGAAACAGGCACCAUAACGACGGUCGAGCCUCUGGAUUGUCCGCAACAGAGUUGCACGAUCGCGGCGCGUCUAGGAGACGGUUGUCCAAAGAGCUGCGUCAUAACGGUCUUUGCUCGAGAUCACGGUUCGCCGAGGCAGGAUGGUCGGACCUACGUAACGGUGAAUCUAUUGGACGCGAACGAUCACGAUCCUGAAAUAAAGUUCAGCUAUUUCCCAUCUACGCCGGGGUUCGCCACCGUCGACGAGAACGCCGCCAAGGAUUCGAUCGUGGCCGCAGUCGCGGUUAUCGACAACGACGAGGGCCUGAACGGCGAGACCACCGUGGAAAUUCGUGCUGGUAACGAAUUGGGCCACUUCAGACUGGACAAUACUCCUAGUUUCGAUAUAGUUCGCGUGAACGGUCGACUGGACCGCGAGGAGAUACCGAAAUACAAUCUGACCGUGGUUGCGACCGAUAAAGGCACGCCGCCGCGAUCGGCAACCGCCUACCUCGUGAUCCACGUGAACGACGUUAACGACCACGAACCGGUCUUUCAACAGAGCGAAUACUCCGCGGUGCUGUCGGAACUUUCGCCUACCGGCAGCUUCGUGGCUAGCAUCUCCGCGACGGACGCCGAUUCCGGAUUGAACGCGAGAAUUUAUUACGAUUUCGACUCGGGCAACGAGCAAGGUUGGUUCGCGAUCGAUCAGGACACCGGUUUGGUCACCACCGUGGCGACCCUCGACAGGGAGGUGCAAGGAAGCAUAGAGUUGCACGUGUCCGCCAGAGACGGUGGUCCCAAUCCCAAGUACGCUUCGACUCACCUCAAGGUCACGAUUCUCGACGAGAACGACGAGGCGCCUAGAUUCUCGCAGAACGUGGUUCGCGUUACGUUGUCGGAAAAUACCCCGCCGCAGAGUCUCGUGGCCACGUUGACGGCGGUGGACAACGACCAAGGAACGAACGGUAGCGUCGCGUACAGCUUUCACUCGAGCGUGUCCAGGGACUAUCCGAAAACGUUCGCCCUCGACGGACUGACCGGCCAAUUGACCACGAAGGUGAACUUGGAUCGCGAGACCACCGCCGAAUAUCAGAUUCUGGUAAUCGCCAAGGACCAAGGUACUCCGCCGCAAUCGUCCACGGCGACGGUGAUAUUGACUCUAGAGGACGUCAACGACAAUUCGCCGGUGUUUUAUCCGUGGAGGUACUUGAUGCCCAUACCGGAGGACGCCCCGCCAGGAACAUCGGUGGGUAAAGUGACGGCGACCGAUGCCGAUGCUCGGGAAAACGCUCAGGUCAGAUACUCGCUGGAAUCUGGUGGCGAGGGACUUUUUACAGUCGACGAGAGAACCGGCGAGAUCACUCUUCAGGGUUCGUUGAGGGCGGCUCACAAGACCCUCUACGAAUUGAACAUAUCGGCCAAAGACACCGGGGACAGAGUGGUUGGCAGAAACGCUCUGGUUGAGAUCAUUCGCGAGGAAGACUUGGAACACCUGGAGUUCGACACUUACAACGGUUACGAGUUCAGGAUAGCCGAGGACAGGGGAGAAUGCGGCGCGAUGUCGAACGUGUUCGCUCGAGACGCGGGCACCGUACAGAUUACGCAAUACGACAGCUCCAAGAUCUCGUAUGCCAUCGUGUUCGGCGAUCCGAAGGGUAACUUUAAGAUAGACGAGAGUACCGGCACGAUCAGUACUUCCGGGUGUUUAGAUCGGGAGCAGGUGGCUUACUACAGUCUGCAAUUAUCGGCCAGAGCCGGACUCGCUUACGGGCAAACGUCCGUAAAUAUCACGGUGUUGGACAUUAACGACAACCCGCCGAGGUUUCCCAAGGGCGAGAUCGGUGACGAGGUGCUUCUGAAGGAAAACGCGGCCGUAGGUCAAGAGGUGUGCCUGGCUCGCGCCAGGGAUCGCGAUGCCAGCGCCAACGCGAGGAUCGUCUAUUCGUUGACUCACAAUCCCGGAGGACAGUUCAGGGUCGCAGAAAAUUCUGGCAUUAUUUAUCUAGACAAGCCGAUACGAGCUGCGCCGGGAACGGUACUGCACUUGGAGGUAACCGCCACGGAUUCCGGAAAUCAGCCGUUAUCCGCUCAGCAUCAAGUCAGGGUAACCAUCGAAGACGUAAACGACCAUACGCCGGUGUUCAAGCUGACCAGCUACGAGACGUCGCUACCGGAGUCCACACCGGUGAACGAUAGAUUUUUCUCCCUGACCGCUAUCGACGUCGAUCUCGGAGCUAACGGCCGGGUGUUGUACAGCAUAACCGACGGAAAUACCGAGGAUCGGUUCGGAAUAUUCCCGGACGGCCAGUUAUACGUGAAGAACGUUCUUGAUCGCGAGGAGCUGGACUAUUACGCGCUCGAGGUAACGGCCACAGAUCAAGGUAGCCCGUCUAGAAGCUCGGUAGUACCGGUGGUCGUUCACAUAAUCGACGAAAAUGACAACGCGCCGGAAUUCACCAAUUCGAGCUUCGUCCUCCACCUACGCGAGAACGAGCCACCGGACACGUUCGUCGGGAAAUUAUUGGCAACCGAUCGAGACGUGGGUCGCAACGCCGACCUCGUCUUCUCCCUUCCAGCUAGUCAACAGGACUUCACCGUCGAUCCCAGAAACGGUUUCAUCAAGUCUCUUCGAGUGUUCGACAGGGAGCUGCUGGUAACCAAUACCGGUAGCAGUUACAUUACCUUGGAGGCUACCGUCACCGACAACGGAGUCAAUCGACUUCGCGAUCGAGUCAAAGUUGUCAUCUACAUCACCGACGUCAACGACAAUAUCCCACAGUUUCAGAGGUUACCGUACAGGGUACAGGUAAACGAGGGUGCCGCGAUCGGCACGCAACUAUUACGAGUGUAUACCACGGAUGCCGACGAAGGAUUGAACGGGGAUGUGUUUUACUCUCUGGAGGAUGGAAAUCAACACGGCCGGUUUGCCAUAGACGAGGCGACCGGACAGAUCUCUCUGACGAAGGAGUUGGACCGCGAGACUACGGAUGCGUACGUGUUGACUGUAGUGGCGCACGACGCCGGUUUGGAAACUCGUCUGUCCUCGAGCACGAUCGUUCACAUCGAAGUGCUCGACGAGAACGAUAACGUGCCCCUGUUCGUCGACGAUAAAUCAAGCAUCUCCGUUCUCGAAACGACACCGACCAACACGGAACUACUUAGGUUCAAAGCCACGGAUAACGAUCUGGGACCGAACAGCGAGCUAGCCUUCGCCAUAUCCGCUGGCAACAGGAGGGACACCUUUUACAUCGAUCCUCUGACAGGGACGUUGUACUUGAGAAAGCCGCUGGAUUAUGAGGAGCUGGAAAAGUAUACGCUGAACGUGACCUGCAGCGACGGCGGUCAUCCGAGGUUGAGCUCCGUUACCACGUUGAUCGUCGAGGUUAUCGAUGCCAACGACAAUCCGCCGGUGUUCCCUAACACCGCGAUAGCCAGACAAAUUAGAGAGGGAAUUCUGGUGCACACGCCGAUAGUAACCAUCACGGCGGAGGAUCCCGAUUCGAACGAGAACGGAGUGGUCACGUACUCUAUCGCUAGUCAAGAUCCGGAGGAUCAGGUUCGAAGAUUCGGUAUAAAUCCAUCCACCGGUGUCAUACACACCCUGUUGCCGAUCGAUCGCGAGGAAGUCGACACCUAUAAAUUGGUGGUCGUGGCAACCGAUAGCGCUCAACCAGCUAGCGCCAGGCUGUCCGCGGAAAAAUUGGUCAUCGUCAUCGUCGAGGACAUCAACGACAACGCGCCGAUCUUUGUCAGCAUGUCCGCCGUCGUGUUACCGCUCAAAGGAAAUUACUAUCAGUAUCAAAAGGAGAUUACGGUUACCCAGCUGGUCGCCAGAGAUCUGGACUCCAGCACCAACGGUUUGGUCACCUACGAGUUGCUUAGAUCGAGCAUCAACUAUCCGGACAUGUUUCGAAUCCAUCGAAACACGGGCCACCUGACGAUAAGGUUGCCGCGAUCCCUGAAGAGCAGCUUUGAGCGGGUCUCCAAGUAUCAAGUAGGGAUCCGCGCUACGGACGAGGCCGUUCAGGCGGAACGAAGAUCCACGGAGACCUAUUUGACCCUGAUAGUGCCCGGGGAAGAUGGGGACGAUCAACCAAUAUGGGAGCACCGUGGCCAGAUCGAGGGCAACGUGUAUGAGAACGAGCCGAUCGGCACAAGCAUUUUGAGAGUGAGUGCUCGCAGUCGUAGAUCGAAUAUCGAUCUCGAAUACUACGUGACGAACGUGACUGCUGGUAGCGGCGGUCCGCAGGUCGACAGAUUGUUCGACGUCGACACGAAGACAGGUAUAUUGUCGACGGCUGCCGCGCUGGACAGGGAAACAGGAAUCCAGUGGUACGAGGUGGAGCUGUACGCCAUCGGUGUUGGUGGUACCAGGCCCAGUACGACGUCCACCAAAGUUCGCGUGACGGUUCUAGACAAGAAUGACGUGGCACCGACCUGGGGAACCGGCACCUGGAAAUUCAAAAUCUCCGAGGAGGCGCCGCCUAACACCGUUGUCACGGUCCUGAAAGCGUACGAUCCGGAUACGAUCGGAACCUUGACUUACACCCUGGUACCGAAUCAUCGGCCCGAUCCAGGUCCUGGCACCGCUCUUGGUUUCUACCCGGCCAGCCAACACGAGCUCCAAGACGAAAGCCAAUGUCAGUUCAGACUUCAUCCGACCACGGGACAACUGACACUCGCCGAGGCUCUCGACAGAGAGACCAGAGAAAAGUAUGUCCUGAAAGUUCGAGCCGAUGAUGGAUUGCAACACACAGACAUCGCGUUAACCAUUCAGGUGACCGACACCAACGACAAUGCACCGACGUUCCAGAGCACGGCGUAUUCGUUCGACGUGCCGGAGAACGUGCCAAGGGGCAGCCGAAUAGGUCAGGUCGUCGCCACUGACGCAGACGCCAACGGGCCCAACAGUCAACUCAGCUACACUCUGAUUUCCGACUGGGCCAACGACGUUUUUUCUCUGAAUCCUAGCACCGGCGUGUUCACGUUGACGGCCAGCCUUGACUACGAACAGGUGCAGCACUACAUUUUGGUAGUCCAAGCGACAGACGGCGGCAUCCCGGCGCUUUCCUCGACGGUGACGGUCUACUGCAACGUCGUCGACUUGAACGACAACGCGCCGAUCUUCGAGGCGGGUCCGCACGCCGCGGAUAUCGUCGAGAAUACGACGAUCGGCACACCGAUCCUAUCCGUGGCCGCCCAGGAUCUGGACUCCGGAGAUAACGGCAGGGUAAUUUACGCUGUCGCCGGCGGUGACGAGAACGGUGACUUCGGAGUGGCACCAAACGGCACCCUUUUCACUCGGAAGUUACUCGACAGAGAACAAAAGCCACUUUACAAUUUGAUCCUCAGCGCCACCGAUAGCCCUUUGCCACCUGCUCUGCCUUUGUCUUCCACCGUACAGGUGACCGUGGUGUUGCUGGACGUAAACGACAUGUCGCCGGAGUUCAUAUCGCCAACGAAGAUUUCGAUAAUAGAGAACGCGCCGAGCAACACGGUAGUGAUGGCCAUUAAGGCAGUGGACAGGGACGAAGGACGGAACGGAUACGUGGAGUACUCCCUCGAGGACACGACGCUUCCCUUCACCGUUGGUCCCGUAGAUGGACUAUUGCGCGUAUCUGGCUCGUUGGAUCGCGAAUUAAGGUCAAACUACACCUUGGAAGUAACCGCGAAAGACCGCGGUGAACCACCGAGAUCGUCCUCGACCGCAGUCACUGUCACGGUCCUCGACGAGAACGACAAUUCGCCGGUGUUCGAUCCGAGACAGUACUCAGCCACUGUUGCCGAGAACGCCAGUAUCGGAGCUAGUGUGCUGCAGGUAUCGGCGAUGGAUCGCGACGAGGGUGCGAAUGGAAGGGUGAGAUACAGUAUCGCGAUGGGAGACGAUAACAGGGAUUUCACCAUUUCCGAGGACGGCGGUGUGAUCAGAGUGGCGAAGAAUCUCAACUUCGAACGAAAAUCCAGAUACUAUUUGACGAUAAGGGGUGAGGAUUGUGCCUCGGAAGUAGGCGAAACACCACGGGGCGAUACCGCUCAGGUCACCAUCACUGUCAUCGAUAUAAAUGACAAUGCGCCGGUUUUCUUGGAUUCGCCCUAUUUGGCCCACGUUAUGGAGAAUAUGGUACCACCUGGGGGCGGAUUCGUGAUACAGGUGAAAGCUUACGACGCGGAUACUCCACCUUACAACGACCAAGUGAGAUACUUUUUGAAGGAAGGCGAUACGGACUUGUUUCGAAUAAACGCGAGUACCGGCGACAUUUUUCUGCUUCGACCCCUCGACAGAGAACUGGUGGCGGAGUACACUCUGACGUUAGUGGCCAUGGAUACCGGUUCUCCGCCUUUGACUGGAUCGGGCAUCGUUAGAAUCGUCGUGCUCGAUGUCAACGAUCACAUUCCGGAAUUCACCAGGCAGGAAUACAGGGCAACGGUUACCGAAAACCUGGCUUCCGGAACGUGGGUCACCAAACCUCACGCUACGGACAAAGACGAGGGCCUCAACGCCAAAAUCAGGUACAGUUUGCUGGGAGAAAAUUCGGAACGUUUCACCGUGGAACCCGAAACUGGAGAAGUGUUAACGGUGGUACCGCUCGAUCGAGAACAAACCGCCGUCUACCAUUUGACUUUGGUCGCUCAAGAUUCGAGUCCCACGGAACCUCAGGCCUCCGCCGUCAAUCUGACGAUCUUCGUGAAGGACGUGAACGACAAUGCCCCUAGAUUUUCUAGUCCAAGAUACACGGCCUACGUGCCGGGUGCAACCAAACCAGGGGAUUUCGUGUUCGGCGCGAAAGCGGUGGACGACGACGACGGAGAGAAUUCCCGGAUCGUGUAUCGUCUCCAGGGAAUCGAUGCGGAGAAGUUCGUGAUCGAUCCGAACAGCGGAGUGAUAAGGACGACACAGGAAUUGGCCAAUGACGAAACCACCUACCAAUUGCAAAUCCAAGCGUCCGAUUGCGGCGUCAAACCGCAAACGGUCACCGCCGACUUGGUGAUACAUCUGUGGGAGAGGCAACUGUUUCCCAGCUUUCGGUCCACCAUUAGCACCAGGUUCACGUUACCGGAAGACGUUCCAGAGGGUCGGGUGAUCACGAAAUUGAGCGCGACCACGCCGAAAGUUGGAACCGCCAGCAAUCUGGUCUAUGGAAUGGCUGGCGGGAACGUCGGCGACGCGCUCAAGAUCGAUCCUCACACAGGAGAGGUGUUAGUCGCGUCUGGAUUCGAUUACGAAACCGCGCCGUUCUACGAAGCCUGGGUAGAGGUUCGUGAUUCGGACACUCCGGCUCUCAGGAGCGUUGUGCAAUUGCUCGUGAAUGUUACGGACGCCAAUGAUAAUGCACCGAUAAUGGAGGCGGCCAUUUACAACGCUACGGUUCCCGAGGACGAGUACCCGCCUCUCUUCGUCAACAAAGUCUCGGCGAACGAUCGUGAUUCUGGCGAGAACGGGCAAGUGUCCUAUUAUCUGGUCAACGAUUUCACCGAGACUUUCGUCAUCGAUUCCGAUACAGGAGAGAUUAGCACGAACGCGAAACUGGACCGCGAGGAGAUCGCUUCUUACGAGUUGAUCGUAGAAGCACGGGAUCAAGGACAGCCGUCGCUCACAGGCACCGCGACUGUCUUGCUCACCGUGUUGGACAAAAACGACAAUCCCCCGCAAUUCACUCGACUAUUCAGCGUGAACGUCACGGAGAACGCGGAGAUCGGCACGUUCGUCAUAAGAAUCACGAGCAGCGACCUGGACAUCGGUCAAAACGCUAACGUCACCUACAGGUUUACGGAAAAUCCCGGCGAGAAGUUCGCCAUGGACGCUCUUAGCGGUAAUGUUACCGUGAAUGGGCACUUGGAUAGAGAAGAACAGGACGAAUAUCUGUUAAAGUUGGUGGCAGCAGACGGUGCUUGGCAAGCAGCAACCGCCCUUACCAUUACCAUCCAAGAUCAGAACGACAACCCUCCGGAAUUCGACGAAGAAUCGUAUCACUUUCAUUUCCCCGAGCUACAACCGCCUGUUGCGCACGUUGGCCAAGUCACCGCGAUCGAUCGCGAUAAACAAGGUCCGAACUCCGUGAUAUCCUACAGCCUGUUGCAACCGUCCGACCUUUUCACCGUUGAUCCAGCCACCGGUGACGUUUUCAGCAAGAAGACUCUCAAGUACAAACACACUCAUCGACCGUCUUCGCCGGAAAACCUAUACUCGUUGACGGUCGUAGCUACCGACAACGGGAAACCUCCGCUGUCGUCGAAGACAGUGGUUUACGUGAACGUAGUGGACGCGAACAACAACGCGCCGAGAUUCGACCAGAGAUCUUAUCUCUAUCCCGUGCCGGAAAAUUACGGAGUCGGCAAGAGGGUGGUGCAAUUGAUGGCGAAAGACGAUGCCGACUUCGGCGUGAACGCGGAGAUCAGUUACUUCAUGACGAACGUUAACGGGUCAGAAUACUUUUCAAUCGACGAGAAAUCCGGAUGGGUGUACGUUCGAAAUACGUUGUCCAACGUGCCAGUGAGAACCACCUUCUUGUUGAAGGUUCAAGCGAUCGACAAAGGCGUGCCACCGCAGAAGGACGAGGUCUCGUUGACCUUGGUCAUAUCCGGAGAGAACAGACACGCUCCCACGUUCGCCGCUGUUAGCCAUCAGGUGAGAGUUCCGGAAAACGAACCUGUCAACACCACCAUCCUAACGGUGAGUGCCACCGACGGCGAUGACGGGCCGAACGGAAUGAUCAGAUACAAAAUAUCGGCUGGAAACGAAAAGAACGAGUUCUUCGUGCACUCGAUCACCGGCGCGGUAACCAUACUCGAGCCUCUGGAUUACGAUCUGGUGCAAGAGUAUAAAUUGAACAUCACCGCCACGGACCUGGGAUUCGAACCGAAGCAAGCCGUUGCCAUAUUGACAGUGAACGUCUCCGAUAUCAACGACAAUCCACCGACGUUUAAUCAGAGCAUUUACGAAGCCUACUUGCCUGAAAAUUCUCCGCCGGAUAGUUUCGUUUAUAAGGUGAUCGCCCGAGACAUCGACUCGCCCAAGUACGCCGUGAUCCAGUACAAAAUUCUCGGAGGAACUGGCAAGGAUCACUUUCGUAUUCGCGAGGAUACCGGCGAGAUCGCUUCUUUGAUCAGUUUCGACUACGAGGAGGCCAACGAGUACACGUUGGACAUAGUCGCCGCCAAUCCGGACUCCAAUCCGCAAAUGGUCGGCUUCACCACGGUUCUCGUACACAUCACAGGCGUGAACGAAUACUAUCCCAAGUUCAUUCAACCGGUGUUCCACAUGGACGUGUCGGAAAGCGCGGAAGUUGGCACGUCCGUGGGCCUGGUUCAGGCAACCGAUCAGGACGCGGGCGAAGAUGGAAGAGUCUACUAUCUGUUCGUCGGCUCGUCCAACGACCGAGGCUUCUCGAUCGGCUCCGAGACCGGAAUAAUUCGUGUCUCGCGAAGAUUAGACCGUGAAACGCAGAACAGAGUGGUGUUAACCGUGAUGACGAAGAACGGUGGUGGAAUUCGUGGCAACGACACGGACGAAGCUCAGGUUAUAGUCUCGAUUCAAGAUGGAAACGAUCCUCCGGAGUUCCUGCAGAGUACCUACGACGCUACCGUGUCCGAAGGUGCGACGCACGGGACGCGAGUUUUGACCGUUAGAGCGGUCGACAAGGAUAUAAAGCCGCAGAACAAUCAGUUCUCCUACUCGAUCAUCAGCGGAAAUCUGGGCCAAGCGUUCAAGGUGGACCCGCAGACCGGAGAUAUAGAAACUGCCAAACAACUGGACCGAGAAACGAUACCGAUUUACGAUUUAACGAUUGGUGCCAUCGAUACCGGGUCUCCGCCGCAAACCGGCACCGCGGCUAUUCACAUCGAACUUUUGGACAUCAACGAUAACGGGCCUACCUUCGAUCCACCGGAGGUGGUGGGCUACGUGAACGAGAAUGAACCAGCUGGAACGAUCGUGAUGACACUGAGCGCCACUGAUCCUGAUCUACCACCGAAUGGGGCGCCUUUUACGUACAAGUUGGUUGGUGGAAGACAGAGCGAUAUGGUUACCUUGGACAAGCAUACCGGGGUAUUGAAAACUACGAGAAGCUUGGACAGAGAAGCUAUGCCUCAGUUGGAUCUUGUGGUCGAAGUGGAAGAUUCUGGAGUACCGAGAAUGAGAAGCGAGCACACGAUAACCGUGAUCGUCACGGAUCAAAACGAUAGUCCAUCGUCGCCGAGAUCGGUUCACGUGAUAGUACACUCUUUCAACGAGCUAAUACCGUUGGGGAAGAUCGCCGACGUACAUCCUAACGAUCCCGAUGUUACCGGCAGCUAUUCCUGUAAGAUACUUCAAGGAUCGAAUCCGAAAAUUCUUAGCAUUCCUAGCGCUUGCGAUCUUCACACGAAGAAAAUAACACCAGGUGUCGGCUACUCUUUAAGCGUAUCUGGGAACGACGGUCGCCAUCCUAACGUGGUAUCCAAGGUCACAGUGGAAUUCCUCGUUUUCACCAACAGCACGAUCGAAAAUAGCGUGACCCUGCAAGUAACGAAACUAAGCUCGAGAGAUUUUUUAGGUCAGUAUUAUCGUGCUCUGCUGGAUGUUCUGCAAGAAGAAGUCGAUGUUGGAGACACCCUUAAGAUCUUCAGUCUUGGAGAGACUGGAUCUGACUUGAACAUCCACGUAGCAGUAGAGUCGCCUGAAGGAUACCGCAGCAAAUACGAAGUCACCGAAUUGCUAAACCGUAAUCGGGACAAAAUCCGAUCGCUUCUCCAGGGAAUGACCUUCACCGUUGGCUACUCGCCGUGCAAGCACAUACCUUGCGAGAACGGGGGCUCUUGCAGCGAUAAGUUGGUCAUCUACGAUGACGCCAGAAUCACCGACAGCCAAGCGCUGAUUCUCACGUCGCCGAGAAUGAUGCACGAGAUGACCUGCAAGUGCCGCGACGGUUUCACCGGCGAUAAAUGCGAAAGAAGACAAGAUCCUUGCUCUCCAAAUCCUUGCUUAUUGGGUGGACAGUGUCGACGACUGGGAUACGAUUUCCAGUGUACCUGUCCGAUCGAUCGCGACGGAAAGCUAUGCGAACUGGAAAGAGGCGAUGCAUGCGCGAGUAAUCCAUGCAGGAACGGUGGAUCGUGCAGGAAGAGUCCCGAUAGCUUCAGUUUCUUCUGUCUAUGUCGAGCUGGUUACAGAGGAAACCAUUGCGAGGCGGUUACAGACUCUUGCAGACCGAAUCCUUGUCUCUAUGGAGGUUUAUGCGUAGGAGAAAAACCUGGGUACACGUGUAGUUGUCCAGAGGGUCGUUACGGAAGACACUGCGAACGAUCCACGUUUGGCUUCGAAGAAUUGUCUUAUAUGACUUUCCCAGCCUUGGAUUCCAACACCAACGACAUAACUAUCGUGUUUGCCACUACGAAACCAGAUGCCUUACUGCUGUACAAUUACGCGCCACAAGCCGGAGGACGUUCAGACUUCGUGGUAUUGGAACUGGUGGACGGAAGAGUGGUGUUUUCAUACGGAGGUGCAAGAAGCGCCAUCACGUCGGUCACCAUAAAAACGGAGAACUCCGUAUCGGAUGGAGAAUGGAGGAAGGUAACGGCUACUAGAAACGGCAGGGUCGUGUCCUUGAGCGUGUCCAUGUGCAGAGAACACGGAGAUAUCUGCGACGAUUGUAGACCCGGUGAUGGCACUUGCUACGCGGACGACGUAGGACCAACCGGGACUCUGAAUUUUAACAACAAUCCACUUUUGGUGGGAGGACUGGAAAACGCAGAUCCGGUGCUCGAGAGGCCAGGCCAGGUACAUUCCGACGAUUUCGUCGGCUGCGUCCACUCGGUUUCCAUAAAUGGAAGAGCAUUGAAUCUGUCGAAUCCGCUAGCAUCGCGCGGCGUUAAGUCCACCUGCAUCAGAUCGAACAACAAUUCUUGCUCGAAAGGUGGAAAGGACUCGGCCAGCGUUUGCGGUGCGAAUUCCAAGUGUUACGACAAGUGGCAUCAAGUGACCUGCCAGUGCGGAUCUGUAACCGCGCCCAAUUGCGAAGCAGCUCUCGAAUCGAUCACGUUGAGCGAGGGUGGAUACGUCGAAUUUAAAAUCUCGGAGAAACACAGAAGAAUGCAGUUAUUGGAAUAUCUUUACAGAGGCUCGACCUUGUGGCAUAAGAAUCGAACGAAACGCACCGUCAGCGAAGACACCAGCUUCAUAACCAAUCCAUCGCCCUUUAAAACGAUCGGUUUGAUGUUCAGAACGGUGAAGCCCGAUGGUGUUCUUGUGUAUGCCGCGACCAACAAACACUUUACAUCGGUAGAGCUUCGCAACGGACAACUAUUUUACGCGUCUCUUCUCGGAUCGCCAGUGAACAUGACCGCGAACAUCGAAGGAGGCUUGGCGGAUGGCCAUUGGCACAACCUGACCCUACACUCUUACUUUCGAGGCUUAAGACUGUUCGUCGACGGUGUUCAAACCGGCGAGGAACUAGACCCUGUCGGUGUCCAUGACUUCCUGGACCCGUAUCUAUCCGUCCUAUCGAUCGGUGGAGUUAGCCAAGACCUGUAUUACGCUCACAGCGCUGGCGCUGGGAGUUUCGAGGGUUGUUUGGCCAACUUCACCAUCAACAACGAGAUUCAGCCGUUCAACGGGUCCGGCUCGAUCUUCAAGGAGGUGCUGUAUCACGCGAAGGUGAGCACCGGAUGCAGAGGACCGAUCGGAAUGAGCGCAGCGGCCACGGCCGAUCCUCUCAGGAUAGGAAUCACCCUGGUCGUAGUGUUCUUCAUUAUUCUGUUGAUCGCUAUACUGGCCAGUUUCGUCGUAUUCCGUUUAAGACGACAGAACAAGGAAAAGUCAGCUCCAUCGGUGGUGAACAAAAAUACCAACGCCAUAAUGACUGGAAAUCCGUUGGUUGGCUCGGGUAACGAUAAUCUGAUGUCUCGCCACGAAAAUACCUAUAUAUCCGACACGUCCGACCUACGGGGCGUGGGUCACAUGGGUCCGGAAUUGAUCUCGAAAAAGUACAAAGAACGAGAAAUUAACGCGACCACCGAACAUCGACCUCAGAGGCCGGACAUCAUCGAGAGAGAAGUAACGAAAUCGCCACCCAUUCGAGACGAACAUCCUCCCCUGCCUCCGCCCGCUCAAACUUCUCUACAUUCUCACGAACACAAUCCAGAACCUGACAUGCCCGAGCACUACGACUUGGAAAACGCGAGCUCCAUAGCACCGAGCGACAUCGAUAUCGUCUAUCAUUAUAAAGGUUAUCGGGAUGGUAUGCGGAAGUACAAAGCCACUCCUCCGCCUAUUAACAACUACGCCAACCAUCAUAAGCACGCGGGUCAGCAACACAGACACACCGGACCGUUCCCACCGCGCGCCUUGCCACCUCCAAACGUGAGCCAACCGCCAGGACCGACCCAGAAACUGUUACAGAGCACCCCGUUAGCCAGGCUAUCGCCUAGCAGCGAGCUAUCCGCUCAGCAACCGAGAAUACUAACGUUACACGACAUCAGUGGCAAACCUCUGCAAAGCGCUCUGUUGGCCACCACGUCUUCCUCCGGCGGAGUAGGCAAAGACGCUUUAAACUCCAACAGCGAAAGAAGCUUAAACUCGCCGAUCAUGAGCCAACUGUCCGGAUCAACGGCCAGUCGAAAAGCGCCUCAAUCGAACAACGAAAAUUCCGUGAACAACGUAUCUUCCGGACCGAUGGGAUUAACAGCAGAAGAGAUCGAAAGACUGAACUCGAGGCCAAGAACCUCGAGCCUCGUGUCCACUUUAGACGCCGUAAGUUCCUCCAGCGAAGCCAGAGGACCGCCCACCCACGGCCCUCUGCAUCUCCACCGACGACACACGCCACCGGUCGAGAGACUCGAACGAAGAAACUCGUCGACAACGGACGAAAGCGGCAACGACAGUUUCACCUGCUCGGAGUACGACAACACCUCGUUGGUCGGUGACAAACGGUCGGACAACCCGUUCGCGAAACAAGACGACGAAGAAGUUAAUCAACGAAGCAACGAGUCCUCCCAAACGACGAAACCACCCCUGCCACCAAAUGUCAAUUACGACGGUUUCGACAGCUCGUUCCGUGGAUCUCUCAGUACUUUGGUAGCCUCCGACGACGACCUAUCGACGCACAUGGGAGGAUUGUACAGACCGAACAACAGCGGAUCGCCAUCCACGACAACCACCGCGCUAAGUUGGGACUAUCUGUUGAAUUGGGGACUGAACUUUGAUAGUUUGGUCGGAGUGUUCAUCGAUAUCGCCGAACUACCGGACAGUGCCAAUCGUGUUCCAAGUACGCUUAGAUUACCAGCUAGUAUACCUAAGCCAUCCGAGGAAUACGUCUGAAGAGUGUUUCACCGUCGAUUAUAAUAGAACUGUUAGGUAGUAUAGUUCUUAGAAGGAGCUACGGCACAACGAUACCACUUUUUUUCUUUAAAUUGAAGAAGAUCAGCUAGAUGAAAGGUACGCGUAAAUAACCAAAAUACUAUCGCGACUAGAAUACGCUUUAAUCGUCGAUUAGGUGAGCGAUAAAAAUCGUAAGGAGUAACGCGAACGAUAGAAGAACGAAAGAGGACGUUUUCUAGAAUCGUAGGAACGAGCAGCGUCGUUACAUUUUUCCUGGAUUUUCCUGGCUCGUUCGAUAGCUCAAGAUUGCUGCUCUGCGAAGAAUGUAACCGUUAUCUUGCCAUAAUAACAGAACUCGAGUUACGCCAUGAUUCGAACAUCGUCUCGAACUCGUCUGGACUUUGUAACGUGUCGAGACGGUAUUGUGAAUUUGUAAAUAAUCCGCGAUUUUUUCAAGUGUACCGAGAUUACCUUUAUCGUUAGAAAUACGAGCCACGAUACGAUCGUACUUUAGUCGAGUUUCAACGAAUUUGUAUCGCGUAUCGACCCGACAAUCGCCUUGUAACACUUAAGUUUCGCUGUUAGCAACGUAUUUCGUUACGAGAAUUCGACAGUCGAUGAGAAAUGGAAUUAUUGUGCGACUGUAUCGCCAACAAUUAUAUAAAUAACUAUUAUAAGUACACUAGGUUUCCUUGUAUAUAAAGUAUUUUGAGACGCUCUGUGCCAGAUAAUCUCGAUACAGUCGCACAAUACCAAACGACGAUUAAUUAAGUCGAGAGUCAAGCGAUUUUAAACGAAAUAGAGGGAAAGGCAUCGAUCUUUUCUCUACGCUUUUUGCGUUCCUGAUGGUAGCCGUCGAUCGCGACGACUGCACAGCUACUCGUUCAACGUUCCGUUAAGAUCGCUAAAGUGAUCGAUCAACUUUAAAAUUCGUUAAACGUCUCGCUAUACGCGGUUGUAUUUUACAGCAUUUCAUCGAGAACGUUGAACAGAGUGUAAUUGCCAGACUGAUUUUUCCCACGAAGUUUCAAAGCGUUAUCAUAGAUUAUACUACAAUACCAUCGAUCGUCAAAAUUUUGUAAAUUACGCGAAUUGCCCAUUGUAAAUAUCGUAUGCCUGAUCUGUACAAAAUGUGUGAAUGAGCUGCGUGUGUACUACUCUAUCAUCGAUCGUAUUUGUAAUAAA